UAUAAUAUAAUUCAUGCAAAAGAUAACAGUAUUUAUAAAGACAUUUUCGGGAUGUCACUACUCAGUGUAGGGUUACUUUUCGGCCUUUUAUCUUCAGUGAAUGGAGUACGUGAGUAUGAGAAAAAAGAUCUCAUUGCUUUAAGGGAAGAAGUACGAUCCAUGUUUGAUCAUGCUUAUUCAAGUUACUUAACGUACGCAUAUCCUUACGACGAGCUCCGAUCGUUAAGUUGCGAUGGAUUUGAUACAUGGGGUAGUUUCUCAUUGACACUCAUCGAUGCUUUGGACACUCUUGCCGUAAUGGGAAACUUUUCCGAAUUUCGACGUGUAGCAGAGAUUAUAAGUACCAGGGCAAACUUUGAAGCCAACAUAAACGUAUCUGUAUUUGAAACUAACAUCCGAGUAGUUGGAGGCUUACUCAGUGCUCAUCUACUGUCACGUAAAGCAGGUGUGAAUCUGGAGCCAGGAUGGCCUUGUAAUGGUCCCUUGUUACGCCUCGCGGAAGAUAUGGCAAAAAGAUUGAUUGCAGCAUGGCAUAGAUUAACUGGAGACCCAUUGUAUGAAGAGGUUGCCAUGAAUGCUGUUAAAGCAUUGCAUUAUUAUAAAUCAAAUAUUGGACUGGUCGGUAACCAUGUAGAUGUAUUAACAGGUCAUUGGACAGCUCAAGACUCGGGAAUCGGUGCAGGUGUUGAUUCUUAUUUUGAAUAUUUAGCAAAAGGUACCUUAUUAUUUCAAGAUCCAUUGCUGGCUACCAUUUUCCAUGAACAUAAAGCAGCCAUUGAGAAAUAUAUUCGUCGAGCAGAUUGGCAUUUAUGGGUUUCUAUGACAAAAGGUCAAGUAACUUUACCAGUGUUUCAGUCUUUGGAUGCUUAUUGGCCUGGAGUACUGAGCCUCUUUGGUGAAAUUGGAGAUGCUAUGAAAUCGUUGCAUAAUUAUCAUCGUGUCUGGAAACAAUUUGGAUUUACUCCAGAGUUUUAUAACAUUCCGCAAGCUGAAGCAGGCACUAACAGAGAAGGGUAUCCAUUAAGACCAGAACUCAUAGAAUCAGUGAUGUACUUGUAUAGAGCAACAGGUGAUCCAUAUUUGAUACAAGUAGGAGUGGACAUAUUAAGAAGUUUACAACACAGUGCUAAAACUACAUGUGGCUAUGCAACUAUAAAUGAUGUUAGGGAUCACCGUAAGGCAGAUAGAAUGGAGUCCUUUUUCUUAGCAGAGACAACAAAAUAUCUUUAUCUUCUCUUUGAUCCUGAUAAUUUUAUUCACAAUUCUGGCCAGAAAGGAGAUGUUAUUCAAACUCAAUGGGGUCAAUGUGUUGUAGAUGCAGGAGGAUAUAUUUUCAAUACAGAAGCACACCCUAUAGAUCCUGGAGCACUAUAUUGUUGUCAUCGAAGUCAGAAUUUGUUUUCAGAGCAAAAAGCGACAUUAUGGAAAUUUAUUCCAGUAAGUAAUCAAAAAGAGGAGGAAAGUACAGAGCAAAAUAUACCACAGGAAGAAGACACCAAAGGAAAAGAUGAUGAUAAACAACCAAUUGAAAUUGUAAAAUUAUCUGAAAUUAGACAUAGUUUUACUAGUGAUGUAGAGAACCAUAUUAAUAAGGACUCGAUCAAUCCUAUGCCUCCCGUAAAUUAUAAGACUGACGAAAUUAUAACAACUGAAGAAGAAGAUAAAUUAAGUACAGACAGUCCAAACGCUGAGUCGUUGAAAGUACAAGUUGUCGCGCCUCCCUCAGUAAUUUAUAAAGUUGAUGAUAGUGAAAAUAUUGAUAUUUUCGAAGCACCAUCCACAUCUGAGGAACAUUAUUCUACGCCUGUUAUAGGAAAUAACACAGAGUCAUUUAUUAAACAAACUAAUACAAGAAUAACAAGAUUUGAACCGCAAAUACUAUUAGAAAAUAUUAGAAAGGGAAAUUUAUAUCCUACAAACGUUACCGCAAGAUUAAAUUACCAGAUGUUAUCUUGCCAAUCUCAAUCGUUUCUACAACGUAUAUCAAUAGUAGGAGAAUUUUUUUAA